AUGAGAGUUCUACUCAUUCUAAUUCUAUUCACUUACUCAUUAGUUUCCGCCAAUAACUGUACUCAAGUUUCGAUCAAGAAUGGUGACACAUGCUAUAACUUAUGGACGAAUAAUGGUAUGACUAAGGAAACUUUCACUUCAGCCAACCCAACCUUAAACUGCCAAAACCUCCAAGUUGGACAAACUGUUUGUAUUAUUCCCGAUCCACUUUUACCAGGACAAUACCGUGAUGACCCUAGUUCUUCUACAUGCCAGAAACUAUAUUCAAUUAAAUCAGGAGAUACUUGUCAAGCAUUAUGGCUAUCCAACGCUCUUAAUGAAACUGCUUUCAUGUCUUCAAACCCAGGAAUCAGUUGCAGAAAUCUUCAAGUUGGUGAAAAAGUUUGUCUUCGUGGGUAUCUUCCUGAUACGACCAACCAUCAAUAUGAUCCCUAUCAAACAUCGGCACCUAGUGGAAGUAUGAAUCCUUCAACACAGCCAUCUUAUAGUAGUCCUACUCCCUACUACGAUCCUUAUCCAGCGAGGCUUCCAUAUUCUGGCGGAAACGUGCAGUCAAAUACCAAUUCAGCUAACUACAUUCCACCUGCACAGUAUCAACAAUCUCAAAGUUCACCUCAUAGUUCUCAGCUGAUCAGUGCUCAACCACAACCAUCGCAUAUUCAAACAGUUCCAUACCAACAAGCUCAAACACAAACCUCAGACCAACAAACUUUGUACCAGCAAGUCCAAUCUAGUCCACAGCAAAUUUUCUAUGAGCCUCAACAAACACUGUAUCAGCCACAAGCUUCACAGUCUUCUUACCAACCACAGCCUUCUCAGUCAUCCUACCAGACAGGCGUUCAACAAACUCAACAAUCUCAGUAUCAUCCUCAAACUUCACAGCCUUAUUACCAACCGCCAGUUCAACAAACUCAAUACCAGCCGCCAGCUCAACAAACUCAAUACCAGCCGUCAGUUCAACAAACUCAAUACCAGCCUCAGGGCCCAAGCUCUCAGGUACAGUCGCAAGGACAGUUGCGAACUCAGCAGUUGCCUAACACGGCUCAACAAGUUCAAUCUCCAUCUCAAGUUCAGAAUCAACCCUCGACCCAGCUUCAAUACCAAACAUUCUCUCAGCCCCAACAGACUCAGUAUGAAUCUCAAACUCAACCGAGUGUGCAUCAACAGACACAAUACCAGCCAAGACCAAUGCAGAACCAGUAUCAAUCAUCAACUGCUCAAGCUCAAACACCACAGUCAGGUUCAAUAUUUCAAUAUGGAGCCCCGGUCUCACAAUCUCAAUUAUCUUAUCAACCAUCAGUAGGUCAGAACGUGCAACAAAUUUACCGUCCCUUAUACGAUUCUUCUUCGGACACAAAAGUGAAUGAAACCUGCCGAAUUCAUACAAUCAAGCUUGGUGACACUUGCUUUGAUAUCUGGUCAGCUAACGGAAUGACGCAAUUGGAAUUUUCUCGAUUGAACCCUAAUGUGAACUGUCAAACAUUACAACUCGGCCAACAAGUAUGUACAGAUCCUAAUACUUUACGCCCUGGACAAUACCGCGAUGAUGCAUCCUGCCAAAAGCUAUACUCAAUCAAAGCCGGAGACACAUGUGCUAACCUUUGGCAGACUAAUGGUAUAACAGAAGAACACUUCAUGCAAAGAAAUUCAGGAAUCAACUGCAAUAACUUACAAAUUGGUCAAGAUGUUUGUCUUUCCUAA